AGAAAUCGUUCCCGAACCCGUCAGACACACAGUAGAGAUAUAAUAAAUAUCUUACUAAGCUCGGGUGCUUUCCAUUCAGCCAAAUAUUCCGGAAACUUCGGGUGGGGAAGCAAAUGGAACAGACAUUUUCCGGAAUUUGAUUCCGUAAUUUUGGAUGUACCUCGCGUUGUUGGCCUAAAAUUCUGUAAAAUCGGAAUAACCAAAAAAUUCCGUUCCACUCGACCAUUCCUGCGCGGGCCCAGUUUUUCCGAACGCGGAAAUCGAACUCAACAUGGCUGAUCUUCAAGCUUCUCAAUAUCAGUGCUCGACAUGUUUUCUAUUUGACAGACGACUUAUUGCAGUGGAUUGGCCACAACAAGCUGUAGUAACUAUUGCGCAAAUACAUGUAAGCUGCGUGAAACGACCGUGGGCAGUGAACAGCUUGCCUCGUCAUUCGAAAGCGACUCUUGAACUCGUCAGAAAAAUAAAGAGGUAUAUCGUACCCUUAAUGUAGUCGCAGACUCCUUUUAAAUUCCUACGCAUGUAAGAGCUAGCUACCCUGAUAAAAGUUAUAUCGUCGUUCUCACCUAAUACAUCGUUAGUUUCAACUUCAGAGUCGUAGAGCAACUCCAAAGCAAGUAAAAAAGGUCAGUCGGCCUUUUUUUUCGUGGGGAAAAACUUGGAACGUGAUGGCCUGGGACGUGUUGGUCCUACCAACCGGAAAAUACUGUUCCAUUCGUCACAUGGAUUACCAGAAAUUUUAAACGGGAAUAUUUGGUCGAAUAGAACGCGCCCCCGUCUUUUCGGGCCGUACUGUGAGUUACGGAUUCUCGUCUUUUCCCCUUCGAUUUAUGGCCCAAGCGCCAAGCGCGCGAGCCAUAAAUCGACGGGGAAAAAACUCGGUCCGUAACUUACAGUGCGGACCUCGAACUCGGGUAGUAAGAGGUAUGAAGCAUUGCAAAUAUGUGAUUUAUGCAUAGUCUAUGAGCAUAAAACAAAAGAUGUGCAGGCUCAAGGACCUUCCAACAUAAAUCUUAGUCUGUUUGUUUGCUUCUUUGGUGUUUACCAGCCUUCCUAACCAUUUUCCUCUAUUAACUAUGGUUUUCUAGAUAGCAUUGAAAUAUGCUUUAAUUCUACAGCUUUAAAUUUUCGUGGAAAAUACAUUUGACUUCUCAGCUUAUACGAUUUAAACAAUGACAGAGUGUGUUGCCCUUGAAUCUAUACUAUUUAGCUUGAGCAAAAUCUAAGAUCAUUGUCCAACUUUCAUCUUUGUUGCUUUUAGGGUGUGGAGGUCCCUUGGGAAUGGAGAACCUUCAAAUAGCAGCAGCACAGAUUUCAGCGUCUUCUCAGUUUGAUGGAAAUCAUCUCCCAAGCCACGGAAGGCUGCAUUUCAAGGGUGGCCACGGAGCAUGGGCCGCAGGUGCGAGUGAUCCUAAUCAGUGGUUUCAAAUCGAUCUUCGUGUUGAGGCAAAUGUCACCUUUGUGGCAACUCAAGGGAGGUACGGUAGCUCCGGGCAACGGGUGACCCAGUAUAAGUUACAAUACAGUAAGGAUGGACUUUCGUUUCAGGUUUAUAAGCAGAAUGGAGAGAACUCAGACAAGGUGUUUGUUGGAAACAGUGAUCAAGACACCGUGGUAAAACAUCCUUUGAUUCCUCCAAUCGAAGCGCGAUACAUCAGACUGAUACCCACAGCAUGGAAUCACCACAUCUCCAUGAGGAUAGAGCUCUACGGAUGUUUUGGUAAUUAGCCUUCGGUUUAAUUCUCAAAAAUUGCCAAUUGAUAAAUUUCUG